UGGAAGAGGCGCUGGCGGGCGGGGGUGCGCCGGAGAGUAUCCUGGCGUGUAGCUUAGUUCAGUGAAUCAGAACAAUGACUGCGCCGCCGGGUCCCCGGGAGCGCGUCGGAGGACUGUGAGCAGCCGCAGCCGGGAGAGCGGCGGGCGGCGCAGCCUCAGCCGCGCGGUGUCAACGCCGGGCUCGGGAGCUUCCAGCGCAGACCUUGCCUAGCGCCCACAGCUCGCGCGGAGCCGCCGGGCUCCAGCGUUGCAGCCGCUACUCGGGAGCUGUGCAUUGUUGUGAGCCGGAGAAGGUGCGGGGAUUACAAAGCCCGAAGACCCCGGAUCCCCCUUUAGCCAUGUGGAUACCUACGGAGCACGAGAAAUACGGCGUGGUUAUUGCCAGUUUUCGAGGAACUGUCCCGUAUGGCCUGUCAUUGGAAAUUGGAGAUACAGUUCAGAUCCUGGAAAAGUGUGAUGGCUGGUACAGAGGAUUUGCCUUAAAAAACCCGAAUGUCAAGGGUAUCUUUCCUUCCAGCUACGUUCACUUGAAAAAUGCCUGUGUGAAGAACAAAGGACAAUUUGAAAUGGUUAUUCCCACUGAAGACUCUGUUAUAACAGAAAUGACAUCAACAUUAAGAGACUGGGGAACCAUGUGGAAACAGCUCUAUGUGAGAAAUGAAGGCGAUCUCUUCCACCGACUGUGGCACAUCAUGAAUGAAAUCCUGGAUCUGCGGCGGCAGGUGCUGGUGGGCCAUCUGACCCACGACCGGAUGAAGGAUGUGAAGCGUCACAUUACUGCCCGCCUGGACUGGGGCAAUGAACAACUGGGACUGGACCUGGUGCCUAGGAAAGAGUAUGCAAUGGUAGAUCCAGAGGACAUCAGCAUUACGGAGCUCUACCGACUGAUGGAGCACCGACAUCGGAAGAAAGAUACCCCAGUUCAGGCCAGCAAUCACCACCUCUUUGUGCAGAUGAAGAGCCUCAUGUGUUCCAACCUGGGGGAGGAGCUUGAGGUCAUCUUCUCACUCUUUGACAGUAAAGAGAAUCGACCAAUCAGUGAAAGAUUUUUUUUGAGGCUGAAUAGAAACGGACUUCCCAAAGCCCCAGAUAAACCAGAACGACAUUGCUCUCUCUUUGUGGAUUUGGGUAGCAGUGAGCUAAGAAGGGACAUCUAUAUCACUGUGCACAUUAUCCGAAUUGGUCGAAUGGGAGCAGGAGAGAAGAAGAAUGCCUGUAGCGUCCAGUACCGGCGCCCCUUUGGCUGUGCAGUUCUUAGCAUUGCCGACCUGCUGACAGGAGAGACAAAAGAUGACCUCAUCCUGAAGGUGUACAUGUGUAACACAGAGAGUGAGUGGUACCAAAUCCAUGAGAACAUCAUCAAGAAACUGAAUGCACGUUACAAUUUGACGGGCUCCAACGCAGGCACAUGUGACCAAGAAGGUGGGACUCCUUCUUCCCUGAGCUCUCAGUCAUGGGAUACCAUGUCUGAUUUAAGAGGUUUAGCAGUUUCCCUACAGCUAUUACAUGGAGAUAUUGAACAAAUCAGAAGAGAAUACUCAUCAGUAUUUUCUCACGGAGUGUCUAUAACGAGGAAGUUGGGUUUUUCUAAUAUUAUUAUGCCUGGUGAAAUGAGAAAUGAUUUAUACAUCACUAUAGAAAGGGGCGAAUUUGAGAAAGGAGGGAAGAGCGUGGCCAGAAACGUGGAAGUGACCAUGUUCAUUGUGGAGAAUAGUGGCCAGAUCUUAAAGGAUUUUAUCUCCUUCGGCUCUGGAGAGCCGCCAGCUAGUGAGUACCACUCCUUUGUGCUUUAUCAUAACAACAGUCCCAGGUGGUCCGAACUGCUCAAACUUCCUAUUCCUGUGGAUAAAUUCAGGGGCGCACACAUCCGCUUUGAAUUUCGGCAUUGUUCCACAAAGGAGAAAGGAGAGAAGAAACUGUUUGGUUUCUCCUUCGUCCCUCUGAUGCAGGAAGAUGGUAGGACUCUUCCAGAUGGCACUCAUGAGCUCAUCGUGCAUAAGUGUGAAGAAAACACAAAUCUUCAGGAUACUACCCGCUACCUCAAACUUCCUUUUUCCAAGGGCAUUCUCCUUGGAAAUAAUCAUCAAGCUAUCAAGGCCACAAAGGAGUCUUUUUGGAUAACAUCUUUUCUCUGUUCCACAAAACUCACACAGAAUGGUGAUAUGCUUGAUCUCUUGAAAUGGAGAACCCACCCAGACAAGAUCACAGGCUGUCUUUCUAAAAUAAAAGAAAUCGAUGGCUCAGAGAUAGUAAAGUUUCUGCAAGAUACGCUGGAUACUUUAUUUGGAAUUUUAGAUGAAAAUUCCCAAAAAUAUGGAUCUAAAGUAUUUGAUUCUUUGGUUCACAUAAUAAAUUUGCUGCAAGAUAGCAAAUUCCAUCAUUUUAAACCUGUAAUGGACACUUAUAUUGAGAGUCACUUUGCUGGGGCACUUGCAUACAGAGAUCUCAUCAAAGUUCUCAAGUGGUAUGUGGACAGGAUAACGGAAGCGGAACGGCAAGAACACAUCCAGGAGGUGUUGAAGGCACAAGAAUAUAUUUUUAAGUAUAUAGUGCAAUCUCGAAGGCUCUUUUCCCUCGCCACUGGGGGGCAAAAUGAAGAGGAAUUUCGCUGCUGCAUUCAGGAGCUCCUUAUGUCGGUCCGUUUCUUCCUUUCUCAAGAGAGCAAAGGGUCAGGAGCGUUAUCUCAAUCACAGGCUGUGUUUCUGAGCUCCUUCCCAGCUGUGUACUCAGAGCUCCUGAAGCUCUUUGAUAUCAGGGAAGUGGCCAACUUGGUGCAGGACACCCUGGGCAGUCUGCCGACCAUCGUGCAUGUGGAUGACUCCCUGCAGGCCGUGAAGCUGCAGUGCAUCGGCAAAACCGUGGAAAGCCAGCUUUAUACCAAUCCAGAUUCCAGGUACAUUCUCUUGCCUGUCGUGUUACAUCACCUCCACAUGCACCUGCAAGAACAGAAGGACCUGAUCAUGUGCGCACGUAUCCUUAGCAACGUAUUUUGUCUCAUCAAGAAAAAUAGCUCAGAGAAAUCUGUGUUGGAGGAAAUAGAUGUGAUAGUGGCCAGCCUGCUGGACAUCCUGCUGAGAACCAUAUUGGAGAUCACCAGUCGACCUCAGCCGUCCGGCUCUGCCAUGAGGCUCCAAUUCCAGGAUGUCACUGGGGAGUUUGUUGCUUGUCUCCUGUCCUUAUUACGACAAAUGACAGAUAGACAUUAUCAACAACUUCUUGAUAGUUUCAAUACAAAGGAAGAAUUAAGGGAUUUCCUGCUACAGAUAUUUACUGUGUUCCGAAUAUUGAUACGCCCAGAGAUGUUUCCGAAGGACUGGACUGUUAUGCGCUUGGUGGCUAACAACGUUAUUAUUACAACAGUUCUAUACCUGUCUGAUGCACUUCGUAAGAACUUCUUAAAUGAAAACUUUGAUUAUAAGAUCUGGGAUUCCUACUUUUACCUUGCGGUCAUUUUUAUAAACCAGUUGUGUCUGCAGUUAGAGAUGUUCACACCUUCCAAAAAGAAAAAGGUGUUAGAAAAGUAUGGUGACAUGCGCGUCACAAUGGGUUGUGAAAUUUUCAGCAUGUGGCAAAACCUAGGAGAGCACAAGCUUCAUUUUAUUCCUGCCUUGAUUGGCCCUUUCCUAGAAGUGACCUUGAUACCCCAGCCAGAUCUCCGGAAUGUCAUGAUUCCUAUUUUUCAUGAUAUGAUGGACUGGGAGCAGAGGCGGAGUGGCAAUUUUAAACAGGUGGAAGCCAAGCUAAUUGACAAGCUGGAUAGCCUGAUGUCCGAAGGCAAAGGUGAUGAAACAUACCGCGAGCUCUUCAACAGUAUUCUACUAAAGAAAAUUGAGCGGGAAACAUGGAGGGAAAGUGGCGUUUCAUUAAUUGCCACUGUAACUCGUCUGAUGGAGAGGUUGUUAGAUUACAGGGACUGCAUGAAAAUGGGAGAGGUAGAUGGCAAAAAGAUUGGCUGCACAGUUAGCCUUCUGAACUUCUAUAAGACUGAACUAAACAAGGAAGAGAUGUAUAUACGCUACAUCCACAAACUCUAUGAUCUGCAUCUCAAAGCGCAAAACUUCACAGAGGCUGCAUAUACUCUCCUGUUAUACGAUGAGCUGUUGGAAUGGUCCGAUCGGCCCCUCCGGGAGUUCCUGACCUACCCUAUGCAGACAGAAUGGCAGCGCAAGGAGCACCUGCACCUGGCUAUCAUCCAAAAUUUUGACCGAGGCAAAUGUUGGGAGAACGGCAUCAUCUUGUGCCGGAAGAUUGCAGAGCAGUAUGAGAGUUAUUAUGACUACAGAAACCUGAGCAAGAUGAGGAUGAUGGAAGCCUCUUUGUAUGACAAAAUUAUGGACCAGCAACGUCUUGAACCAGAGUUCUUCAGAGUUGGCUUUUAUGGGAAAAAAUUUCCAUUUUUCUUAAGAAAUAAGGAGUUUGUGUGUCGAGGGCAUGACUAUGAAAGGCUGGAGGCCUUCCAACAGAGAAUGCUGAAUGAGUUCCCCCAAGCCAUCGCUAUGCAGCACGCCAACCAGCCCGACGAGACCAUCUUCCAGGCGGAAGCUCAGUAUUUGCAGAUCUAUGCCGUGACUCCCAUCCCGGAGAGCCAGGAGGUCCUGCAGAGAGAGGGUGUUCCGGACAACAUCAAAAGUUUCUAUAAAGUGAAUCAUAUCUGGAAAUUCCGCUAUGACAGACCAUUUCACAAAGGCACUAAAGAUAAAGAAAAUGAAUUCAAGAGUCUCUGGGUGGAGAGAACAUCAUUAUACUUGGUGCAGAGUUUACCUGGAAUUUCCCGCUGGUUUGAAGUGGAAAAGCGUGAAGUGGUAGAAAUGAGUCCUCUGGAAAAUGCAAUUGAAGUGUUGGAAAAUAAGAAUCAGCAGCUGAAGACUCUGAUAAGUCAGUGUCAGACAAGACAGAUGCAGAAUAUUAAUCCCUUGACUAUGUGCCUGAAUGGAGUUAUAGAUGCUGCGGUUAAUGGUGGAGUUUCCAGGUAUCAAGAGGCAUUUUUUGUCAAAGAAUAUAUCUUAAGUCACCCUGAAGAUGGAGAGAAAAUUGCACGGUUAAGAGAGCUAAUGCUUGAGCAGGCACAGAUUUUGGAAUUUGGUUUGGCUGUGCACGAGAAGUUUGUGCCUCAAGAUAUGAGACCCCUACACAAAAAGCUGGUCGACCAGUUCUUUGUGAUGAAGUCAAGUUUAGGGAUACAGGAGUUCUCUGCUUGUAUACAAGCCAGUCCAGUCCAUUUUCCUAAUGGAAGCCCCCGCGUGUGUAGAAACUCAGCACCUGCUUCUAUGAGCCCAGAUGGUACCAGGGUAAUUCCUAGACGCAGCCCAUUAAGUUACCCAGCUGUCAACCGAUAUUCUUCCUCCUCACUGUCCUCACAAGCUUCUGCUGAAGUAAGCAAUAUUACAGGGCAAUCAGAAAGCUCUGAUGAAGUCUUUAACAUGCAGCCAAGUCCAUCUACCUCAAGCUUGAGUUCGACUCACUCUGCUUCACCUAAUGUGACAAGUUCUGCCCCAUCAAGUGCCAGAGCUUCCCCUUUGUUGUCUGACAAACACAAACAUUCCAGAGAAAACUCUUGCCUGUCCCCGAGAGAGAGACCAUGCAGUGCCAUCUACCCAACACCUGUGGAACCUUCUCAGAGGCUGCUGUUUAAUCAUAUUGGAGAAGGAGCCUUGCCACGCAGCGACCCAAAUCUUUCUGCACCUGAGAAAGCUGUGAAUCCCACCCCUAGCAGCUGGAGCCUGGACAGUGGGAAAGAAGCCAAGAACAUGUCGGAUAGUGGGAAAAUUAUCUCUCCCCCUGUCCCUCCAAGACCCACACAAACUGCUUCACCAGCCAGACAUACAACGUCCGUGUCCCCCUCACCUGCUGGGAGAUCUCCGUUGAAGCAGGGCUCCGUGCAGUCUUUCACCCCCUCUCCGGUGGAGUACCACUCCCCAGGACUGACCUCCAACUCGCCCGUCCUGUCAGGCAGCUACAGCAGUGGGAUUUCUUCUCUCAGCCGGUGUAGCACCUCGGAAACCUCAGGCUUCGAAAAUCAGGUGAACGAACAGUCGGCGCCGGGGCCGGGGCCGGGGCCGAGCUACGGCGGGCCGGACGAGCCGGGGCGCAAGGAGAGCAAAACGCCGCCGCCCUACAGCGUGUACGAGCGGACUCUGCGGCGGCCCGUCCCGCUACCUCACAGCCUCUCCAUCCCGGUCGCGGCCGAGCCGCCCGCGCUGCCCCCCAAGCCGCUGGCGGCGCGGCCCGGCCACCUGGAGAACGGGACCCGGAGGACCGAGCCCGGCCCGCGGCCCAGGCCCCUGCCCCGCAAGGUCUCGCAGUUAUGAGCCCUUUGCAGGUCCCCGGCGACGACGAGUCCCGGCCGUUUACAAGAGGAUAGGCAGGCAGUACGACGAGGAGACGUUUAGUGUAGGCACUUUAAUAACUUACUCAGAUUUGUCUUUCAAUGAAUGGAAUUAAAACUUGCUUAUUAAUAUGUUGCACAAUAUUAAGUUACUGAUCGCAAGCGCCAGACGUCACAUGAAGUAUGGCUGACUUUCCUUACAAUGUCUCUUCGUUUGAAAGUGGUAAAUAGUGUUAAAGACUUCUUUUGUAUCUUUUUACGUUCACCUUUUUUAUAUAGUUUCCUCUUAAAACCAAUAGGAUAUUGUCGAACAAUAUGGCGCGUGAUGUUGUUGUAUACUUUUUACUGAAUACUUGAUACUCCGAGAAAGCUUACUAAGUCAAUGCACAGCCUAACACAAUGGUCCUUACUUUAGAAGACUUCUGUAAAUAAGGGGAGAUUUCUGGCUCUUUCCGUGAACAGACUGAUCAGUGCACAUCAGCAGAAUUACAGGUUAAAGCAGGCUACUUAGACAAUAUACUUAAGGGGUUGCAAGGAGUAGGACUGCAAGUUAUUUUGUUCUUGAAACAAAAUAAUUCUUUAAGGUUGCUUUUGACAUUUGACCACUGUCUACUUUCUUAAAACUCUACUUUGUGAAUCGGUUGGUAAAUCCUUUAGUACCCUGACGUCAUGGUAUCUACUGUAUUUCUUUUCAAGGUGCAAUUUACUUUCAGAGUUCCAGUCGGCUAGACUAAGCAAAAGACCCCGGGGAGAAAUGUUUACUUGAAUCUUGUGCUUCCGUACUUGAUAGUUUCCUCUGCAGCAUUUGUCAUUGAAGAAGAGCAGAUGUUCACGUGUUAAAUAGGCACAAAUUAAUGUGUCCCAUUAACAAGAAUUCAGGAAUCAAUACAGGACAGUAUUAAAUCAAUAGCGUAAAUGAAGAAAAAAAAACCUUAGAGAAAAUAUAUUAGCAUGAUUAAAUGGCAAAAGGACUUUCAAAAGGUAAGGGCAUUAACUUUCAAUCCUGCACCAAAUAGAAAAUUCGUCACAACUCUCCAAGCUCCUACCGGAGCUUGGCUUCUUAGCUGAUCCUGUUUUUUGAAGGGUAAGAUGGCCGUAGACCCCUCUGGCUUGAGUAUUGCUACGCAGCAUCUCAGAUCUAGAGAGGGAUGCUAAUGCCCCAGUUGCGGAAGAGGGGGAAAAAAGCACCUUGUAUGUAGUAAUGUAUUUUGUAUCUUUGUUUUUUUCUUUUACUGACUGUUUAUAACACUCAAUUGACAAUAACUAUGAACUGUAUUUUAAAUCAUACUGUUAAAUAUUUUCCCUCUUUUGUUGGGAAGCUCAUUUUAGUUUAACCUUAAGUGUUUGUUUUUGUUGAUAGCUUACCUGGAAGGCAGUGACCACUUUUUAUAUUCUCUUAAUGAAACCAUUCAGCAGGUAUACGCUGUUGAGGCUGGUUACAGA